AUCGAUGUUCUGCAAGGAGCAAUGUCCUUGCUAUGAAGACAGACGAUAGGGAUGAGGAUGGCAGACUGACCAACCUUGCAGGAUAUCCGAGACGUCGAGAGUGGGGUGGGCGUGGCCACUGCUUGGCUAUAUAAAGCGAUCGCCGUCGACGUCACGCAUCAGCCUCGUAUCCCUCACCAUGAAGGUAAAGAGUAGAAAGAUAUUUUUUUUCUUGUCUCUGUUUUGUAUUACUUUUAUUUCAGUGAAUGUUCUUAUCUUUAACCUCUUGCAGCUGGCACUGACGAUAUUACUGUGUGUGGGCGCUGCCGUGAAGGUGGCGGCGCAGGAUGGCUCCUAUGUGCUGGAUUCACGAGGCGUGGAGGUGGAGCAGGGACUCCAGCCUUCCCCAGAACUCUUCCAGAACCACCAGGCCUUCUCCCAAGCCUUCAAAGAACGCUCUGAAGAGAUGGCCCUGCAAUACAGUCUUGGCCAAGUCGAAUACAAUGAUCCUAACCCGGAGUAUGCUUGGGCUUACGAGGUCGACGCCAAAUCGACCGGGGACAUGAAGUCUGCCCGAGAGGAACGUCGAGGUGACGUGGUCGUGGGUCAGUACUCGGUCAUGGACCCCGACGGGUCUCUGCGCGUGGUCGACUACACGGUGGCUCCCGGCACAGGCUUCCAGGCCACCGUCCGCAAGGAGUACACGGGAGAGGCUUUCCAGGGUCAGGAGCAGAGACUGCAGGCUCAGGCCAAGCAGUACAGUGCUAUCCAACAGGGAAGCAACUACCAACAGAAUCGCAACCAGUACCAACAGAACCGUGGCCUGUACUCCCAGAACAACAAUGAGUACCAACAGAACCGUGGCCAGUACUCACAGAACAACAAUGAGUACCAACAGAAACGUGGCCAGUACUCACAGAACCGCAACCAAUACCAGGAAAACCGUGGCCAGUACUCCCAGAACUACAAUGAAAACCAACAGAACCGUAACCAGUACCAGUACUCACAAAAUCGCAACCAGAACCUGGAAAACAGGAGACAGUAUUCUCAGAACCGCAAUCAGUAUCAACAAAACCGCAAUCAGUACUCCCAGUACAGCAACGAGUACCAACAGAACCGCUAUCAGAACCAGCAGAACAACGAGUACCAGCUAAACCCCAUUCAGUAUUCUCAGAACCUCAACGAGUACCAACAGGACCGCAGUCCGUACCAAUUUUCAGAGAACCGUAAUCGGUAUCAGUAUAACCACAAUCAGUACCCCCAGAAAUUUGAUGACUACCAAUCCUACCAAAAUGGCAAUCAGUACCAGCAAAAUGGCGACCAGUUUUACCAGAACCGCAACCAAUACCAACAGAACCACAAGCAGUACCAACAGAACCGCAACCAAUACCAGCAGAACCGCAAUGAAUACCAGCAGAACCGCGACCAGUCCUACCAGAACCGCAACCAGUACCAACAGAACAGCAACCAGUACCAACAGAACCGCAACCAGUACCAACAGAACAGCAACCAGUACCAGCAGAACCGCAACCAGUACCAACAGGACUUUGACCAAAGCCUUUCCAGCCGCAACAACGUCAGGUACAACUUCCAGCGUAAUGGAACCAACCGCUUCAAUCAGAACCUGAACCAACCUUCGCCCAGCCUCUACAGCCAGAACCAGAACUACCUUCUGGCCCGCUAUGGAUCCGGUUCUCAGAACCAGUACAGCAACCAGUACAACAACCGCGUCUACAGCCAGUACAACAACCAACAGAACCAAGGUUACUCUCCCGUCAGCGUGGUUCUCGCACCCUCAAGGAAUUAAAACUCAGAACUGCUGUGGCCAGGGAUCUCUCCUCAUCACAGAUUCAAAGG